AUGCGCCGGUCGCCCCGCCGCCCCCCUGGCGUGCCGGCCGUGCUGCCGCCGCGAGGAAGCCAGCCGGCGCGAGGGAGACGGCGCGAGACGGAGGGAAACCUGCCCGUGAAUGUGAUGCCAUUAAAUAUUUCGUACGGCCACCAGGUGGCGCCGCAGUCGCCGCACGUGCACGAGCGCGCUCGAAUCGGGUGUCAGAUGAAAACUGCCAAAUAUCAGCGUGAUCAAGUGUCUGCCCCACCUUCCCAACUCCCUGACCCAAACGUUCGCUCAUCUCCACGACAACCGCCGCCAACAAACAUCACUGAAACAAAGAAGCUGCUGUUUGAGCUGCUGGAUGCUGAAGCGGAGUGUCGUCCUGCUGUCAGCCACAGGUCGAAGGUCGGAACUGGCAUGUGGAGCAGAAACCUACAAACACAGCAGACCGAGAGCUGGAAGCCCCGACGACAGAAUCUCAGCACCCAGAGCAGAAACAGAGCCACAACCAGAUCCAGAACCAGAGCCACAACCAGAGCCACAACCAGAUCCAGAACCAGAUCCAGAAACAGAGCCACAACCAGAGCCACAACCAGGCCAGUCAUGACAAACCGCCUUCUUACUGUCGUCCUCCUGCUGAGCGCCACCAUGCUGUUAAUGAUCCCUGCAGGUGCAGGAGAGGGGGAGGGGGACACGGAAGGACGACCGAAGCGCCACGUCCCAAACUGGGCAAUGACCUCCUCAGACUUCUUCGGCUGGGUGGAGGAGCUCAGGAAGCAUGCCGGCUAUGACCAAAUUGAGGAUCUGGCUCGAACCUUCUGGGCUCACUUUCCCUCUGCAGACCGACUCGGGUACGGAGUCCACGAACCGGAUGAGUAGAACCAGGGGGUUUGGUUGGCUGUAGAAGGCUGUAGAAGUCAAUUAGCUUCAGUCUGUCGGGUGUUUCUGACGUUAGCAAACUUCUUAUUGAAUAAAAGUUAAACACUGGCUGUCUUCUUCUCAUCAUGGCGGGUCGAAGCUGCCAGUCACACCUGCUCAGUCUGCAACGGAAACUAAGCUAUGCACACCUAAACAGUGUGGUAUACAAACCGUUUCAUUUCUAAGUAACACUUUAACCUGAAAUGAAGUCAGCAAAUCUGCUGGGUAUGUUUGAUUCUGUAACUUAAGCUGGAAAUGGCGGAUUUAGUUAACCAGUAACAAUAAACUUU